UGCUGUUUCUGUAUUUGUCGAUGUUCCAGAAUGAUUUUGGAGCUAAUUUGCUUUGUAAUUUUCGUUUUUUUAUUGAUCGAUCACGUGUUUUUAAAGCACAAUACGAAACUUCCACCAGGUCCACGUCCAUGGCCAAUUAUAGGAAACCCAAGCUUGCUUUUCUGUGCGAAUCUGUAUUCACAUUUGACAGAGUUGGGCAAGAAGUACGGUAAUGUGAUGACUGUAUACAUGGGUCGCAAGCCAAUGGUUGUUUUAAGUGGACCUGUCAUCAAAGAAGCCCUUGUAAACCAAUCUAUUGAAUUCGCAAGUCGACCACCAAGAGCAGAAACGUUUAGAUUCGAUGAAUCACAAGCACCUUCGUUGUUUUUCAUGGAAUACGGACCAGCAUGGAGACUGUUUCGUAAAUUAGGCCAUCAAAGCAUCAAGGUCUAUGGCCAAGAACGUCUACAGGAAGUCAUGGACUUAGAAAUCGACGACCUUUGCAAACGCCUGGAGAGUUUGGAAGGGAAGCCUUGCGAUGUCAAUAAAGAAUUUGCCAUGUCAGUGACGAAUGUCAUAUGCAAUCAACUGUUUGGUAGUAGGUACGAUAUCGACGAUCCAGAGUUUCUUGAGAUUUGUAGAGUUCAUGAUGUCAUCAUUCAUACCCCUGUGAGACGAUCUAUUCUAGAGUUCAUUCCAUUUUUAAAGAAGUUCGUACCAGGAUCCAGCCUUCCCGACAAAAAGGUUCGCGAUGCAGCCAACUGGAGAGAUGAUUUAAUGAGGCGUGAAUAUAGGGAGCAUCUUGAAACUUUUGACGAGGAUAAUAUCCGUGACUAUACCGACGCUCUUCUGAAGGCAAAACUGGAUGCUGAACGAGAAGACUUAUCAUCCAAAGAAUACUUGACUGAACCAGCUAUAUUACGAGCUGGCUUGGCUACGGUGUUUUUAGCGGGGUCAGAAACAACGUCCACUACGUUAGGCUGGGCAGUGAGGUACUUACUGCACAACCCCGAUGUCCAAGACAGGCUCCACAAAGAGCUUGAUCAGGUUUUUGGUCCAGAUCAAACCCCUAAACUAGACAGCAAAAAGGCGUUGCCACUACUGGAAGCUUUCAUGGCCGAAACGCUGAGAAUGUCCUCUAUUCUUCCAUUGAACAUACUCCACCGUACAACAWCUGAUACCACAUUAAGGGGAUAUAAGAUCCCAAAGGGAACAAUUAUUGUACCCAACCUAUGGUCUUUACAUCACGAUCCCUCAAUCUGGGUCAAUCCAUUUCAAUUUCGCUUGGAAAGGUACCUUGAUGAUGAAGGAAAGUUUGUGAACCCACCGAGUGGAACAUUCUUUCCAUUUAGCGCCGGGCGGCGUGUUUGUAUGGGAGAAGUAUUUGCGAGGUCUGAGUUGUUUCUUUUCCUUGCUGGAAUUCUUCAAAAGUUCAGGUUUGAAAAUCCUCCAAAUGCAGAUCUUCCAUCUCUUGAUGGAGGAGAGGGCGUGGUGAUGAGUUCCAAACCUUUUCAAGUUUGUGUCAUAAAAAGAGGGACGUGAGCUUAGUGGUGGAUUGUAAGAAUGUAAAAUCAAUUUAGUCACGACUUGCAUUUUUGGUGCUGUAAUUCAGGGGGGAUACAGGGGAAGGGUUUCAUGUUAUUGUGCUCGUACGUUUUUUUUAACAUUUUUGGAGAUUACCGAUUAUUGGGUAGAUUGGAUUAAUCCCACCACCCCUCAUUUUGAUCCUUAAAAAAUAAAUGGAAUAAAUGCAUAAAUAAAUAAAAUGAAUAUAAAAAAGAUAAGUAAAAUAUAUAAGAAUAGAUAUAUCUCAAUUAAAA